AUGCUGUCGACCAAGGCAGCCGAGGAGCAGCGCAUUGCCGACUCGAAAAUUUCUUGCUACUUUGCGGCUCAUGCUUAUGCGCUGGAGGUAAUUAUUGCCCUAAAAGAGACCCCAGGUGAAGAGGCACCUGCUUUCGAUUACAGGAAUUACUCUUUUCCUACUUUAGAAUACGAAUACCGCGCGACCGAAACGGCAGCCACCCGAACUAAUGAUGAAGUUACAAAAGCCUCGACUUUACUGAAGACAUUGCAACGCCUCUUGGCAAAGAUUAAACCAAAGAAGCAGCCCGCGAUCGAGGCUGACUUCCAUCGACCUGAUUUACCACCACUCCAGAGGCCGGCUGAGAUAGCUGAACAAAAUUAG